AUGAGUUUGAUGGACAUUUCCAAGAUCUUCUCCCUGCUGCAGCCCAAAGAGGAGGACCAGGACGGCGAGCAGAGCCAGGCCUUGAACAACGCGGUCAGCAGCGAUGACGUGGCCCUGUUGUCCCGCCUUCUGUCCCAGGACACGUACAGAACAUGCAUCAACGCCCGCAGUGGAUGGGGGGUCCCGGUCACCCCCCUGCGAACCGCCGCCGCACUGGGACACCUCCGCUGCCUGGAGCUGCUGCUGGAACAUGGAGCGGAGAUCGACAGCCUGGACGUGAAGGCGCAGACCCCGCUCUUCACAGCCGUCACUGGGAAACACCUGGACUGCGUCGCGUCUUUACUCAAAUCCGGAGCCGACCCCAAUGGCAGCCAGUACAACAACAGCUCCCCACUGCUUAUCGCGGCCCGAGAGGGGGACGUGGAGAUCCUCCGGGAGCUGCUGCGCUAUGGGGCCGAGGUGGACGUCAAACCCAAAGUCCCCGAGUGGGCCGCCAACAGCAGCGCAUGCAGGGGCCCCCUCUACCUCUCCGCAGUGUACGGGCAUCUGGACUGCUUUAAACUCCUGCUGCUCCACGGGGCCAGUCCGGAUUAUAACUGCACGGAUGAGAGGAUGCUGGCCAGGAUCAAGCAGCCCAAGACGGUGCUGGAGGUGUGUCUGCGCUACGGGUGCGGGGUGGAGUACGUGCAGACGCUUAUAGACUUCGGGGCCGAUGUGUAUCUGCCCACGCUGAUUGUGGAUAAGAGCACCAAGCAGAACGAGGCGCUGGGGGUCCUGCUGCAGCAGCGAGUUUGUCCCAGGAGCCUGAUGUCCCAAACUCGACUCGCGGUGAGAAAGUUGAUCCCGUUCCCAGAUAAAGCUGCGUCCAUUGACAGUUUGGACAUUCCUCUAAUACUGAGGAACUACCUCAAGCACAGGCCCAACGAGACGAUGUGA